AUGUGGACUCGAUUGAGUGCCGAUGAGGUGUUCGGGGCAAUUUAUAAGUUUCAUCAGCGCUCUGUAAGAUCUCAAGUGGAGGAAUCAAAACUCCUGACUGUAGACUCACCUAUUGUUUAUAAUAAUGUCGAAUCAUCCCGAAAGAAGCUAGGUAGCUCACUUCUUGAUCUAAUUAAAAUUUGUGUUGCGGAACCGUUACGACAUCAGCGUCUCUUUCGUUUGAAAUAUAGGGAAGAUAUGCAUCUUCCAGUAUUUGAAUCUUCUUUAAUUGCUACCGCAAAUCGUCUUGUUGAUCUCUCAUCAAAUUCCCGUUCUCUAACCUCUGUACGACCAAUGGCACAAAAUUUACUGGACACUCUUGCUGCAGUUCAAACUCAAGUUGCUUUGAUUGUUGAAAAGCAGACUAAGCGAUGUAUCUCCAGUAGGAUGUCCUUUCGGGGGUCAUCUAGGCGGCCAAAUUCCUCUCCAUCUGGAUUUUCCUUUUCCGAGGAUACACUUACUACUGAUACUGAUUUUUCUGAUGAUGGAUUUUGUGCUACUGCUGUUCAAUCUCACUCCCAAACUCCUAAACUUUCUCGCCCUGAUCAUCCAAAUGAUGACAUAGAUGAACAAAUGAAAGCGUUAAUUGAACUACUUAUUCAAAUAGAUCAUGAUUUGGCCAAUAUUGAGUUCUCCUUAAUUUCUUCCGUUAAUAGAAAUAUUAGAACUGAAGCGGAGGCAGAUUCUGUUCAGGAAGUUGCUGUGCUAUUCUCAGAGACUAUUGAAUGGGCUCUCGCCGUGGGUCUGAUCAGUCGUCGUCAGUUAUCCGAUCGUGAUCCCCUUCUGUUUGUUGCGCUUCCUCGAAUAGCAAUUUUCGUCGGCUGUCUUCUUCUUCCAAACUCUCCCAUUGGACCGAAUCGACUGAAUUCAGGGACGAAACCGCCCUUCAUGUUUGCCGAAUCAACUCGUGACCUCGCCUACCUUUCCCGUCAACUCCCUGUCCUUCGAGCUGAUCAACUUUGGCGCCUAGUUUGUUGGUCAUCCCCGUUUGGUUUGUCGGAAGAGGAAACCAAAUGUGUCGACGCUGCCACUACUGCGAAUCUCAGCACAACAUCCGACAUCUUAUUAGGUGGCAAGAAAAAGCUGGGAAUCGUUCCAAAGACCUCUAGUCGUCUUGUAUUUGGAUGGAACACUUAUGGUCUGCACUGCAUCUAUAAGUGUAUUUCAAGGGUAGCCGGAAAUCUUUCCACUAACCACCCGUCAGAAUACCGAGACAUCCUCCAAGUUAGAGUCGCAUUUUAUUCCCCCCUCUCCUAUCGCGCUACUAUUUACUUAUUUCAUAAAACGUCAUUCUAG